AGAACCCACAGAAUAAAGAACGGAACUUUCUAAAACCCUGAACUCUCACCGUCUCUGCCUCUGUGGGUUUAGAGCCUCCAUUUCCAAAAAGCUCUCUGGGUUUUUUGCUCAGCGAUCAAAACUUGUAUUAGGGUUUUUCUUUUUCUUCUUUCCUCUUUCGAAAGCUUGUCUUUUUCUUCGCCAUGGCAGGACCCGCUUCCUCUGAUCGUCUCGUUACCACCUUCCCUCUUCUGGAGACAGCGGAUAUGCUGCAGCAGUUGUCAUUGGGCUCAGACGCCAAUGAAGUUUCUGGAGUCCUUAGUAAGGGUGUUUAUCACGGGAAUGGUUCUCUCGAGAGGAAAGCUCGUACACCAUAUAGUGCUUCAGCUUCUCACGUUCCAGCUUCUCUUGGGACCAGAGGAAGCCAACAAACAAAGGCCCUGCCAAAUGGCGGUGACUUAUCGUCCUUGUAUCCAUGGGGAUACCUCCCGUCAGGCUCUCAGUACAAGGAUAUGGUGUUUGCUUUUGACCACAACAGCCAUUCGAACACCUUUUCACAUUACAUGAACUCAGACAGUUCUCGACGUGCAUCAAGUUUUGGCCAGCCUUCUUUUGGAUAUAUUGAUCACUUGUAUCCGAAUCAUGUAAUCGAUCCUGGUUAUCCUUAUGGAUCUUCCGGUUAUGAUUCUUGGAAACAUGGGCGAGGCUGGUAUCCUGUUGAUGGUAAUGGAAAAACCAGAAGCUCCAGUCAUGGACGUGGUUUUGUUGAAGAGAAACCGGAGAGGUUGAAUGAGCUUUGUCGAGGUCCAAGGAGCGGUGAUUACAAGAACCAACAAGGUUUUCAAGCUACACAGCCAGAGGCAGCAGCAGCAAUACAGGACACUGAAGAGCAAGAAGGAGAAAGUUCAUACUUGUCAGGAGAUCCCAAUCUGUACAAUGGAGACACUUUCCCUGAAACAUAUUCGAAAGCCAAAUUCUUUGUGAUUAAAUCCUACAGCGAAGAUGAUGUUCACAAGAGCAUAAAGUAUGGUGUGUGGUCAAGCACGUUAAAUGGUAACAAGAAGUUGGAUGCUGCAUACCGUGAAGCCAAGGAGAAUCCCGAAGGAUGUCCUGUCUUUCUGCUGUUCUCGGUGAAUGCCAGUGGUCAGUUUGUUGGUUUGGCAGAGAUGGUAGGUCCAGUCGAUUUCAACAAGACCGUGGAAUACUGGCAACAGGAUAAAUGGAUUGGUUGCUUCCCGGUGAAGUGGCAUAUAGUUAAAGAUGUUCCAAACAGUCUUCUGAGGCACAUAACGCUCGAGAACAACGAGAACAAACCAGUGACUAACAGUAGAGACACUCAAGAGGUGAAUCUGGAGAACGGCACGAAAAUCAUCAAAAUCUUCAAGGAGCAUACGAGCAAGACAUGCAUAUUGGAUGACUUUGGAUUCUACGAGGCUCGAGCGAUGAUCAUCCACGAGAAGAAGAAGACUAAGAAACCAAAGAAACAGGCUCUUGAUGGAGCUGCAGAAGAGAUGGCUCACCUGUUGUAUUGAAAGUUGGAACCGAUGCUAAGAACAUCGUAUAGGAGGACAUGACGAUGAAGAUAGAAGAUGCCAGAAGUAGAACUUUUGUGGAGUAUGUUUCAGACAGGAAGUUUCUGAAUCUACAGACAGACAUGCGUUAUUUUCCCUCGUUUUCUCGCUAUCCAAACAGACUCGUUCGUUCGUGAUACUCGGAGAACAUUUGUUUUCAUUUUCCUUCUUUCUCUAUGUUAUGUAUGCUAAUGGCAACUGAAAAACGGCCAACUGUUUUAUCAUUUA